UGCUGGAUCCGUGCCAAAGAGCUCUGCACAAGGAAGUCAUGGAGGACAAUUAUGAGAUGGUGGCCUCUUUAGAAUCGGACCUAAGUGCCUGUUGGGAAGAAGGACAAGAUCCAUUUCUCCAGGAUCCCAAAGGAGUGGAGAUCUCAGAAGGUGACAGGCAGAAGAGCAAGAAUUAUGGGGAGCCAUUGAUGGUGUCAUCAGAACAUGUGGAGCAUGAAGCAGGGAAAAAGACAUAUGUGAAGCAACAGACGCCCCGAAAGCAUGUAGGAAACAUUUUGAAAAAUGGGCAAAGGAAAUCCUCUACUACACAGGACAUUGAUAUCCAUGUCACCCUGAAUCCACAAGAAGAAUGUACAGGGAGCAGCAGUGUGGAGUGUGGAAACAGCUUCAGUCAGAGUGGAAGUGUUAGUUUACAUCAAAGAACCCAAACAGGGGAGAAAGCAUUUCAAUGCGCAGAGUGUGGAAAGAGCUUAAGCAGUGCUGGUAACCUUGUCAAACAUAAAAAAACCCACACAGGGGAGAAACCGUUCAAAUGCAUGGAGUGUGGAAAGAGCUUCAGCCAGAGCGGAAACCUUAUUGCACAUCAAAGAACCCAUACAGGGGAGAAACCAUUUACAUGUAUGGUGUGUGGGAAGAGUUUCAGUCUCAAUCACCAUCUUACUUUACAUCAAAGAACGCACACUGGGGAGAAUCUGCAUAAAUGCAUGGAGUGUGGAAAGAGCUUCUGCACCAGUAGUUUCCUUACUGCGCAUCAGAGAACCCAUACUGAGGAGAAACGAUUUAAAUCUAUGGUGUGUGAAAAUAGCUUCAGUCUUAAUGACCGUUUUACUCUACAUCAAAGGAUCCCCAGUGGGGAGAAACCGCAUAAAUGCUUGGUGUGUGGAAAGAGCUUCAGUUGUAGGAGUAACCUUACUUUACAUCAAAGAACCCACACUGGUGAGAAACCCUUUAAAUGUAUAGAGUGUGGAAAGAGCUUCAGCCAGAGCGGAAAUCUUACUGCACAUCAAAGAACCCACACAGCAGAUAAACCAUUUAAAUGUAUGGUAUGUGGAAAGAGUUUCAGUUUCAAUUACUCUCUCACUUUACAUCAGAGAACCCACACCGGGGAGAAACCGUUCAAAUGCAUGGAAUGUGGAAAGAGCUUUCGUGCAAGUAGUGUCUUAAUUGUGCAUCAGAGAACCCACACGGGGGAGAAGCCAUUUAAAUGUAUAGAGUGUGGAAAGAGCUUCAGGCAGAGUGGAAGAUUGACUGCACAUCAGAGAACGCACACUGGGGAGAAACCAUUUAAAUGUAUGGAGUGUGGAAAGAGCUUCAGCCAGAGUGGAAACCUUACCACACAUCAAAGAACCCACAGAACAGAGAAACCAUUUAAAUGUAUGGUGUGUGGAAAGAGUUUCAGUCUCAAUUACUAUCUUACUUUACAUCAGAAAACCCACACCGGUGAAAAACUUUUUGACUGCAUGGAGUGUGGAAAGAGCUUCAGUUGUAGGAGUGCUCUUACUGCACAUCAAAGAACCCACACAGCGGGGAAACCAUAUGGAUGCAUGGUGUGUGGAAAGAGCUUCAGGCGUAGGAGUAACCUUACUUUACAUCAUAGAACCCAUACUGGGCAGAAACCGUUUAAAUGUAUGUAAUGUGGAAUGAGCUUCAGCCAGGGUGGAAAUCUUAUUGCACAUCGAAGAAUGCACACAGCGUAGAAACCGGUGUGAAUCCCAGAGGUGGAGAAGCAGAGAAGAUAAAGCUUAGCCACUCAGAAAAGUAAAUGGGCUCCCCAUUCUGCCUAAUAUUUGGGCCGGCCUGGUUGUCAUUUGGAGAGUGUUUCAUUGUGAAUACGAGAUGUGGAGAAAGAGAGAAGGCAAAGUUUAGCCACUUGGUCAGAGGGUCAGUGAAAGGCAUUGGUCUGCUGCCAUCACCGUUUCCUUUCAGCAAAACAGAACUGCAUCUUGCCUAUCACCCGUCAAGUAGGGUGCUUCCUUGGGAAAUGUAAUACAACUGACUAUGGCUUUCUGUGUAGAGAAAGAACCACGUGCCACUCCCUUCAAAGUGUGUGUGCGUGAAAAAUUAUGAAACCUGAGAUACCCUAGCAGAGUGUCCCCCAGCUGCCUUUACCACCAGGAAACUGGUCAUCCUCUGGGCUACUCAUUAGUACACUAGAAAUCGUAUAUUGUUUGUUGGUAGGCUAUGAUUAGUCCUUCUGCAAAGCGGCAGCACUCUGUUUUAUUUUGUAAUCUGUUUAAGCUGUUUACUUGCUAUCCCCUUACCUUUCAUUCAAAAUAAAGUUUCACAAUCUGA